CAUAGAAUAAAUCCUUAGCCUAUGAUGAAUCGUACAUUAAUAUAAAGCACAAUCAAUAAUGAAUAUUUUUAAGCAUUUACGGUUUUAGAUUUCUUAAUUUUAAAAGACUUUUAUCGAAUUUGGCAACAGUACCUUGUUUUGAUUGGCCCUGAGAAAACAUGAGAGUUUUGUUUGUCGUGUUUUAUUUAUUUUUCUUUAAUCAAUGGGUUUGAUUGGAGGUUAGAACUUAGAAAAACUUUUAAUUUCAUGUUUUGGUGAAGAUGUUUUUGUGAAUUUUAUGGAAACUCUAGCGUAACCAGGUGAAUGUCUUAUUAGCUUUAAGCACUCUUAGACGCCCUGCAACAAAACCAACAUGGACCCUCCAAGCUCGCCAAAUAUCAUUAAACCGGCUUCAGCGGUCGGUACUGGUCAUAAAGGAUUGAAGGGCAUCAUUGCAGGUGGUAUAACUGGUGGUAUAGAAAUUUGUAUAACUUUUCCGACUGAAUAUGUGAAGACUCAACUGCAAUUGGACGAAAAAGGAGCUGCAAAAAAAUACGACGGAAUUGCUGACUGUGUCAAAAAAACUGUUAAAAGCCAUGGUUUUUUUGGUCUUUACAGAGGUUUGAGCGUCUUGCUCUAUGGAUCCAUACCUAAGAGUGCUGUGCGAUUUGGAUCUUUUGAGACUUUCAAAGGUUUAGUUGUAGAACCAGAUGGUUCAUUAUCAAUUGCUAACCGUUUGUUAUGUGGUUUGGGUGCGGGCGUCUGCGAGGCAAUUUUUGCCGUCACUCCAAUGGAAACUGUUAAAGUUAAGUUCAUCAACGACCAAAGGAGCGGUAACCCUAGAUUCAGAGGCUUUUUCCAUGGAGUAGGACUUAUUAUCAAAGAACAAGGUAUUGGUGGUGUGUAUAAGGGGUUGACUGCCACCAUAAUGAAACAGGGUAGUAAUCAGGCUAUGAGGUUCUUUGUUAUGGAGACGCUUAAGGAUUUGUAUAAGGGAGAAGACAAAAAGAAGCCUGUUCCUAAGUAUUUAGUAGGAAUGUUUGGUGCAGUAGCAGGAGCUACAUCAGUUUUUGGCAACACACCACUGGACGUAGUCAAGACCAGAAUGCAAGGUCUGGAAGCCAGCAAAUACAAAAAUACUUUGGAUUGUGCCUCGCAAAUUUGGAAAAACGAAGGCCCUUCUGCCUUUUAUAAAGGCACAGUACCUAGGUUAGGUAGGGUGUGCUUGGACGUUGCCAUUACUUUCAUGAUAUACGACAGCUUUAUGGAUUUGUUUAAUAAAUUCUGGCCUUAAUUUAAGAAAUAAACAAGUAGGGUGCGAGAGUGAUCAGUUUGUAAUUAUUAAUCAUUUAUUUUCCCGCCAAAUGUGGUGGUCUUCGCCAAAUAGCUUUUUAAAGUUUAGGCUCGUUAUAGUAACCUGUUGCAUUUAUAAAAUCUUUCCAGAAAUUUUAAUUUUAUCAUUUAACAUUCCAAGAAAAUAAUUUCAAUCUCUUAAUGCAUUUUGCCAAUUGAAACCAAAAUUUGUUAUACAUACUUUACCUAUAUUUUUUAAAGUUUUUAAAAUGUUUGACCUUUCUACAAUUUUAUAGAGUA